GCUCCCCCGCGCACGCUCAGGCCCUUUUCCUAGGGCAGGUCUCGGUGCCUGAUGCACCUGUGAAGCUCCUCGCUGCCUUCAGGAAGGUCUCAGGAGCCCAUGGAAGGAGAGGAGGAUAAGCAGCUACAGCAUAAAAUAGAAGAUGCUGGUAUAGUAUAUGUAACUGAAAAAAAAGAAGAACUCAAACAUGAAAAAGAACCUGGAAAAAGUACAUCACAUUCAAAACCAUGUGUCAGGAGAGGACGUGUAUAUUAUGCUAAAUUCAUUAACACAAAUGCAAGAACAUUCAAUGAACCAGUUCCUUACAUAGAUUCCAAAAAAGAUUCCGAAAAUCAGGGUGACUGGUGGUCACAUGGUAAAGGACCUGAACAUCACUUCCAACCACCUUAUGAUACUAAGAGCACCCAGAGGAGUGACUUUCAAAAGCCAACAUGUCCGUUGGUUUUGCCUGUCAAACACAGCAAGUUGCAAAAGCCUUCCUGUGGAAUAGUUCCACUUGCCUCUCCUGAUGCAUCCGCAGAUCUUCAAAAGGAUUUUAUAGAAUGCAUCUCUUUUAUACAUCAGUAUGAUGCCAGGAAAACUCCCAAUGAGCCUAUCAGGGGCAAGCGACAUGGAGUUUUCAUACAGACAGAGAGAAAACCAGAGAGUAGGCCAAGGGCUCCUCAGGGAACAGAGGUAUUACUGAACACUCCUGGGUCACGCUCAUCAGAGCAGUCGAAAAAAACAGAGAAAGGAAAUUCAGCGGAAAACAAAAUGAUCUCACCCGGUCUCUGCCGACAGAAUUCCCAAGAGCUGUUAGAGACUAAAACCCUCUUAUCAGAAACAGACGUCAGAGAGGCAGCCAAGGCAUGCCCCAGAAGUCCGGAGAGAAGGGAGAAGAUUGCAGACGUCCUUCCAACAACUGCAGCAGAUGCUCUGAUCACCAGGCACAAUCCUUCAAGUCCACCAAUAACAGGACAGAUUACCUUCUUCAGAGAAAAACAUAAUCCUGUAAUCCCUGGAAUGUAGAGAACUUUCCGAAUCAUCGUAUAGGCACUUGCAUUUGCCUUUUCUCUUAUCAAUAACCUUAGAAUGUACAAUUUACAUAAAUGAAUUUUUAAAAAGACAAUUACAAUAUACCAAAAUUUUAAAAGUGGUCUCCAAUGAGUGAUGGAUUAUGAGACAUAUUUCUAUGUCACAUUAUUUAUGAACAGAACAACUUUGUUUGGCACCAAAGUGGAUGUAAUUAACAAAUAGUAUCAACCUUUUAGAGGAGAGGCCCUUUUAGACAGUCACUAGUAUGGCUCUGGAAUCAAACAAACCUGGGUUGGAAUAUUGGCUCUGUCAUGUAUGAGCUGUGUGACCUUGGGUAAAUUACUUAAC